GUCAAAGAUCUGCAACCCGAAGGGCACUUUUCUCUCUCUUCAUAUGACGGUCAAGAUUUGUUCUUUAUUGAAAUGCCAUUUUUUUUUGUUUGCAUUUAUAAUGAUAUCUUAAAGAUUGUUGAUGUAGAACUUAUGAGGAAGGCCUUUAGUGUAAAUAAUAGUUUUAUGUAUUGGCAAGAAUGGGAAUUAUUUGUAGGACAUCACAUUGCCUUUCGUAUCAAUCUGGCCAUUAAAAUGAGGGAAAAUGAGCUAUCCCUUCGAAAUCUACAUCCUGGUGCUUAUGGAACGAAAGAAAACUUGGAUAUUGUUAUGAAAUUGAAAGAGCUUGGUAUAUGGGAGGCGUCAAGAGAGCAAUUUCCAUUAAAUUUAAAUUUGACAGAUAAUUCUGAUGGUUCGAAGAUCCCCUGGGAUAAUGGGCAUUGUGUUGUUGUUAAUGGUACUUCUGCUGAACCAAGAAACAUAUUUUAUGUUAUGGAAGAUGUAUCUGGAGUUUUUUAUAUUAUAAUGUGUCAAAACAAAAACAAAUGGGAUUAUGGCUCAAAUAAGAUGACUGAGAAAAAUGUUAGUGAUGAAGACGAGAAGAAUUUUAAUAGCGUCAAACAUUCUGAGCUUCAUGGGAUUAAAAUCAUAACGAUCAUAUUUACUACACAACCAUAUGAGGGGAGUGAAAAUUUACCAGAAAUUCUGAUUGUUUCAAAGGACAAUUUUAAGAGCUACUUUGGCCCCGUUUUUUCAGCACGAGCCACAUUUUUUCUUACUAGGGAUAUUAAUCCCAAUUUUUGGGAUAUAAAUGGGUUGAAAAAUACUAUUAAGGGUAUUGGUGAUGAUUCUAUUAAUACUGUUAUUGCAAAACGGCCAUAUAUUAGUGAGGAUCAUUUUCAUAAUGUGAACCCAAAGGCGGAUAAAAGGCACAAAUUAGACUUUUUCCCAUUUGAUAUACAAGGCACUGAAAUAUACAGGGACUGUAUGCACCCGAUCAUUUAAUCAAAAAUUAGGGAUAUGCUCUGAAAGAAUCAAGCUUUAGUCUUCUUGUAGGUGUUAUGUUUGCUUUAGGCUUUAUAUCAAUGUUUUAAAGUAUAACAAAAAAAAAUCUUUUAAUGUAAGAAUGAUUAGUUUUAUUGCUAUAAUAAAUUUAAUGCACAAGUAUUAA